AUGACGAGCUCCCGAGCACGGGAGUUGGCCGCGGAGCUCGUGCUGGAUAGAGGGCUGACACUGCUGGCUCGUCUGGGGUUCCGAGUCUUCUUGGAAGUCUCCGAGCAGGCGUGCUUCAAGAAGAUGCGCAUCCUGACGCAUCCAGACAAAUGCUCUCCCGAGCGCAAGGCGCGGGCCGAGGAAGCGUUCAAAGAGUUGGACAACCUCUGGGAGGACUUCAUGCUCAUGCCGGCGGGCAUCUUCGACAACCUCCGUCGCACGACUCGGCGCUCGCCUCGGGAGGAAGCUUUGUUCCAGGAGCUCCGUGACCCUUCGCCGGAGGCGAAGGCCGCGCCGAAGGCCAAGCGAGGACCGGGUCGGCCGAGGAAGAAUGCGCCUCCGCCACAGGAGGCGUCCAGUUCGGAGCCGAGCACCGGAAAGCGCAAGAGGGCUGAGGGGGAUUUGGUGAAGGAGCCGCUGAGCCGCGAAAGCAUCCGAAGCUUCAUGGCCCUCCGCGCGUCGAGAAAGGCUGUGCUCCCCAGCGGCUACACCCUGUUCGAGACGCUGGGGUUCUUCAUGCUGCGCGAGGCCGACGGCUACAUGAAGGUGGCGUGGCGCGACAACAAGCUCCCGGGUGACUACCUCGGCCGUCGCUUCUCGGGCGUGGACCACGAUGCGGACCCAGCAAAGGAGGUCGACUUCUUUGACGUGCCCCGCAGCCACGCCUGCACCUCGGCCUUCGCGCACUGUCGGCUCGUCAAGGAGAUCUGCCGGAGGGGCAUCCAGGGCUGGGUCGACGUGGACGUGGUGAACAGCGUCUUCUCCCAGUUCGAGGCCAACUUCCAGGAGUGCCCCGAGGUCGUGAAGCGCUACAACCGGGACCGCGACGGCAUGAUCGCGGCGGUGCGCGAGGCCUACGGUUGUUCCAAGGACGUGGCGAAGCGGCUCUUCAUCCGCUUGGGCUUCAUGGGCCGGAUGGAGUCGUGGCUCGAGGACUUCGGCCUGAAGAAGAACGAGGGGCCUCUGGAGGCGGAGCUGGCCUGCUUUGGCCAGGACAUGCGGAACUUCGGGGAGGCCCUGGCGGCGAAGCAUGCUCAUUGGUUCGAGCUCUUCAAGGGCAAAAAAUACCCCCUGGGAAGCUUCAUGUCCGCGAUCUACUUCAAGCUCGAACGGCAGUUCCUCGACCGCAUGAUCGCGGCGGUCCCUGAGCCCGCAAAGGUCCUGAGCUACGAGCACGACGGCCUCGGCAUCCAGCUGAACGGCUUGAGCGAGGCGAGCCUCCUUGCGGCCCUGCACGACCUCGACCCGCUCCUGCAGGCGGCGAUCAAGCCGCCUCACGACCCGCUCAAGCUGGCCAAGGAGCAGUUUCCGGAAGAGGAGUGGGAGGCGGCGUCGAGCCUCUCGUUCGAUGUGGCCGAACUGCACCGGGCGCUCUUGGUGACUCGACGUUGCAUGACGGCGCCUAUGGAGGACGGCGAUGUCAUCGUGCCGGAGGGCGACAACGUCUUCUUGCAGUACCUGCCGGACAAAGGGCGCUGGGAGGCCCAGAAGAUCUGCGACAAGGGCCUGCAAGUGGGCAUUGGGGGCUGGCUCAGCACGUCUAAUGCAUUUCUCUGGUUCGCCUGCACUUGGUCCAUGCAAGAGAUCCGCCAGACCUGGCCGUGGCUUGUGAAAGACGCACAGAAAUACAUCGCAUGCUUCGAAGUGCUCGCGCAGCUCGCCCUGCUGCAAUGCACCUACGCACGCCUGCGACACAGACACCAAAGAUUCUGCCUGCCUGAAGGCCACAGACAAUAG